AUUUUACGCGUAUUGCGUUUUUAGCAGUAGUGAGAUGAAAAAAUCAUUGUUAUUUGACAUGUUACAAUUUAAAUAUUGAGUUGAAUGGUGCUGCGCGGGUCACGUGACAAUGGGCAGUCCUGCCAUCAAAACAAACAGCGUUACUGCAGAUGAGUUUAUUAUUACUUCGCUGCUCAUGUUGUGUUUGUAGCUCAGGUCGUUUAGCUUCUGUCGUUGAUUAGAAAGUGCAUUAGUAACGUUAGUGGAUUUAAUUUCCCUCAUCUAGAGCUCUGCUUUUACUCGAAUGGAACAUGUCCAUGACACAAGAUGCGUGUUAUUUUGGGCUGCUGGAAGGGCAGGAGGAGGACAUUAAGCCUCAGGCAGCAGUGGUUCGGCGGAACCUCUUCGGCCCAGUGGACCACCAGCAGUUGCAGCAGGACUUCCAGAGGCUAUUCUGCAUGAGCGUGGAGAUCGCCAAACAGCGCUGGAACUUUGACUUUCAGAUGGACCAACCAGUCCCCGGGUGCAUUGAGUGGGAGGAGCUGCGGUGCCAGGAUGUGCCGGGGUUCUACCAUAGCUGUGUGUUCAGGCCCGGUGUGGCAAAGCAAACGGUGGAAGCUUGUUCGUCUCCAGCUAUGGCCACAGAGAAAUAUCUGGAGCUGCGGACCAGAGGAACUCUGAGGGGAACCAAACCAGAGAAGAGAAUGGCUGCAUUGCUAGGGGUCAAACGCAGACAAGCAAGCAUCACAGACUUUUUCAGAGUGACAAAAAGAAGAUUUCCUGAUCACAAAGCUUCACCAGGACAGUAAACAGACAUUGGAUCUUUUUUGUAUAAAUGUGCAUACAUUAUCUGCACAUGUAGCUAUUCUAACUGACCAGCAAAGGCUUAAUAGGAUGUUUAUACUGUACAUACACACACAUACAGACGCACACACACACACACACACACAGAUACAUAUUAUAUACACAAAUGUGUAAGUAUAUUUUUUUACUAAACGCAGUACCUAUCAAAGGUACCUAUUUUAUUGUUACUACAUGGAAUCAUGAGAUUUAAGUAAAUGUGAAAAAAGUCAAAUAUUCAGAUUUUAUAGUGCAUUUGAAUCAUUCGAAGCAAUUAAUUCCAGUAAUUGAAUGAGAAUUCACUCUUGUAAAAUUUUAAAUUCACGACCAAAUGAAAAAGAAAUAUUUUUUUAUAUUUUAUUGUUCCAUGUUGUUCCAUUAAAAAAUGUUAGGAAUGCACUAUAUAAAUGGUGUUUCUCUUAUUUUUUGUUGUGCACUGAAUAUACAGCAUUUAUACACAAACAAUUACUGUGAACGUUUACAGAAAUGCACUAUAAAAAGACUGUUUGGUCAUACAUUUUAAACUUCUCAGACUCAAAAUUCAAAAUGCAUUGAUCCUCUUAAGUGGCAUCAGUGCACACAAGCUAACAGUGCCAUACCAUUAUUCUGUUCCGCUUUUAUUUAUUUAUUUUCCUGUUUUUAUAUAAUACAAAAAGGGGUAACGUUUUAGUUUGGGGACCAAUUCUCACUAUUAACUAGUUGUUUGUUAGCAUGCGUAUUACUAGCAUAUUGUAUUACAUGCAUAUUCAUAGUUAUAAAGCACAUAUUAAUACCUUAUUCUGCAUUACCAUAUUUUAGGUUCCUACCGCAUAUCUAAACCUAACAACUACCUUACUAACUAUUAAUAAGCAGCAAAUUAGGAUUUUAUUGAGGCAAAAGUCAUUGUUGGUCCCCAAACUAAAGUGUGACCCAAAAAAUUAUGUAACCUGAGCCAUUAAUGUUUUUCAGGAAGCAUAUUAAAAUGGGGGGUUGAUGUGACUCUGUUAUUAUAGAGAUAGACAGAAGGUAUGCUUCGAUUAUCUUUGAAGUUAUGUAACAAGAUUUUUAAUCAUGUUUGAAAAAGGAUAUUGCCCUUAAAAUACUAUUUGGGGAGUGUCGUCCAACCAAUUUUCUGAUGAGUGUGCAUGAGAUCUUGCAGACCUGGGGGAAAAUUGAAUGAUAUGUUGACAAGCUACUUUUUCAUGUAUCUUAAGUUUGAAUCUUACUUUUAGUAUUAGCAUAUCAAUUUCAAGGACAUUUUCACCAGUCAGUUGUACAAUAAUUUUUUUUAAUACUGUAUUUUUGCUUUGUGCAUGUGAGAUAUAAUGUAUGAUUAUGUGCUGAAUUAGCCGUACAUUUGACUUAUAUAUAUAUAUAUAUAUAUAAUAAAGAGGCAGCUGAUGCAAUUAAGCAAAGUAAUUGCUCCACAAUAAAUUGGAUGCUUAAAAGUAACUGUAUGUAAUUUUUAUUUAUUUUUUUAACCUUGAAGUCUUAGUUUUAGAAUCAUUCUAAUGGUACACUGAUUUCUAACAAAGCGAUUGUCUUCUGUUUCUUUCACACAUCCCCCUUAAAAUCUGUUUUGGAGUAGGCUAUAUAGUUGUGGUGAGCAGGUACAAAAUUCCAUGUAAAAGCUUUACGGUAACAACAAGCUACCCACUGUAUAUAUUUAGUGAUAUAUUUAGGACAGUGAAAUUCACUUACAAAGCUGCAGAAAUACACAAAACUACAAACAGUUGCUUUAAAGCCCUUUGAAUAGUUGUUAAAUUAAGCCACUAAACCAAACCCACAUGCCGUUAAACUGCAGAAUUUGAUUUGUAGAAUUCAAAAUUCUCUUUCAGCUUCUUUAAGAUAUAUAUAAGAGAUUUGUUUUCUUGCAUUCAUCACAGACACAUACUAGACAGUUCACUCAGUGAUUUCCUCUUAAAGCAGUCCAUAAAAUUGUAAUCUUUUAAAAAUGUAUUCAUAGAAAUAUAUUAGUGCUCUACCUCAUCAAAUGGCAAGGACUUUCAUUUUUUACACACAUAUGAAAACAAAUAUGUAAAAUGUAGCAUUUGUUUUUAUCGUGGAUGCACUGUUUUUUUUUUUUAUUUUAUGAGAAGUACAGCAGAAUAGCAAGGAAGUAACUUGUGCUUCACGUAAGGUUUACAUGAUGUUGUGUGUGUACUGUUCUGUUUUUAGAACAACUUAAAAAAAAAAAAAACACCUCACAUUUGCCUUAUGCCAUUCUUUUUUGGGGGGAAUUAUUACAAGUGCCUCUUUAUAUGAGCAAUUAAAUAUUGUAUUAUGCUCUAAUGAUGACUACCCUACAGCUUCUGUUGCAGAUUUGUCAACAAUAUUCAAUUUUUUUUGCAUGGUAUCUUGUGAAUUAGUAGCAAUGUGUACUCCUAUAUCAUUGAAUGUUACUUAUGUUAAUACUAGCUGACUUAUGAAUUAUGUACGUGUUACAAUGCAAAAAUCACCCAUAAAAUAUGUGUACAAAGCAAUUUGUUUGGAAGUAUGUC